AUGGGUGUCCUCCGACCUGACCUCAUCGUCAAGAACAUUAUCCCCGUCGUCAUGGCUGGUAUCAUUGGUAUCUACGGUCUCGUCGUCUCUGUCCUGAUCUCCAACGACCUCGCACAGGGCACCUCGCUCUUCACCAACUUCAUUCAGCUUGGUGCUGGUCUCUCCGUCGGUCUUGCGGGUAUGGCUGCUGGUUUUGCUAUCGGAAUCGUCGGUGAUGCUGGUGUACGAGGAACUGCUCAGCAGCCCCGGUUGUUCGUCGGCAUGAUCCUGAUUCUCAUUUUUGCCGAAGUUUUGGGUCUUUACGGUCUCAUUGUUGCCCUGCUCAUGAACUCUCGUGGUGCCGAUGGCAAGUGCUAA